AUGGUGUCAGUUGUACCAUUGAAGGAGAAGAGACUCAUGGAUGUCAAAUUAGGGGAGCUGCCAAGCUGGAUACUGAUGUGGGAUUUCACCCCUAAAGGCAUUUCUGGAGCAUUUCAAGGAGGCUGCUAUUGGUAUUACAACAAGUAUGUCAAUGUGAAGAAAGGGAAUGUUGCUGGAGUUUCCAUGGUGCUGGCAGUUUACAUGCUUUUUAACUACUGCUGUUCUUAUAAGAAACCCAAACAUGAGCAGCGACGCAAAUACCACUGA